CGCACACGGUCAAGGAAAUCCUGGAAAUCGAACAAUCCUACCGUCGGCGCCAUCUUCGGGCACGAACGACACCCUCUCGAUCGUGAGAUUUCCGCGAGAUGAAUGGCAAAGGCUCGAGAUGAUCUAUAGAUCCCUCAACGCGUCGUGCAUCGCGCGAAACUCCUGCUGCGGCGUGCCGCGUCAGUGACGGAGCAACACGCACGCACACGGAAGAGUGCACGACGAGCCCGAAGAUUAGAAAAACACGUCGACGAGGAACACACUGCGCCAGAGUCGACGCGACGAACGGAGGAAGGGGCGUACGCCGAUCCCUCGUGCGAACGGUAGAUCAUCGAGCGGCAGAAGCGGGUAAUCGAUACUCCGCGACAAUUCACCAGACGUUCUGUUUCUGCAAGAGGGAGAGCUCGACGGGGGAACGAAAACGGCGCGAAGAAGCGAACGGAGGUUCUUGCAGCGGGAUAUCAACAGGCAUCGGAGUUAGAGCGGACGUCUCAGAUCUGCGAGGUCGACCUCCCUCUCGACAAUUCUCUCGCGUCGAGCCUACGUAUCUACGGCGUCGAAGAAAAAAUGGCAAUCGCCGCGUCGGAUUAUCAGCUCAAGUGGCACAGCUACGGCGAGCAUCUGCACACCUCUGUCGCAACGCUGCUCCACUCGGAGUCUUUCGCGGACGUCCUGCUGGCCACGUCCUGCGGCCGGCACGUGGCGGCUCACCGAUUUGUCCUUGCGGCCUGCUCGUCGUACCUCAGUCAUAUUUUUCAGACAUGCCAUUUCGGCGCGAACACCAAUGCUCCGAUAAUUGUGGUAUUACCCACAGAGAUCGGAUACCGCACGCUGAAGAUCCUGAUACAGUAUAUGUACAGCGGUGAGGCCACCGUGGCGAACGAUCAACUGGAGGGAGUCUUAAAAGCAGGCGAUAUCUUGCGUGUACGUGGCUUGUGGAGAUCGAACACUGGUAGCAAGAAGGAGAACAUACAGUCGAACAACCAGAAGAUCGAGCGCGACAAGAGAGAGCCGUCGCAGUUGACCGGGCAGAUACAAAAGAUCAAGCUGAUACAACCGACUCAGGAGAAGGUAGUUGAGGGUGCGCAACAGGCGGCCACCGCUCAAAAUAAUGUACAGACUCAGAAGCCAAUCGAGAGGAAGAGCAAUGAGAAAAUUACCGAUGAAAAGACCAACGAAUCCGAAACGAAAAAAGUCUUGGAGGAGAACAAAAAUAAUGAACAAAACAAGAACAAAGAGAAUCUCGAGGCGAACGGCAAAAAGAAGAAGGCCGUUAACAGCGACGUUGAGACGAAUAAGACGAAGAGCGAAGGUGGCGAAAACACCGAACUGAAUCUGGAACUGCUAGUGAAGGACGAGCCAAUCGAUUGGGAAGAAACGAUCGAUCCGUCGGAAUCGCUUACGAUAGACCAUGAAAUCGAUAUCAAACCAGAAAUCGUACACAGUGCGGACGAGGAUGGAGACAUGGAGGAAGAAGAGUAUACACCAUUGACAUGCGACAUGUGCAGUCAAACGUUCAACAGGCCGUCAGAUUGGGUGAGGCAUAUAGAAUUCACGCACGCUGACAUGACCGAAAAUCGGAGAAAGAAACGGAAGGACGACGUGAACGAUGACAGCAAAGACUUCCCGCCGUUGAAAUGCGACCUGUGCGGUAACAUGUACUCCACACCGCAGGAAUGGGUACGUCAUAUACAAACGGAACACACGGAGGAACAACUGGCCUUGAUGAACAAUUCGGCGCCUCCGAAGCCGAAAAGGGUUCAUAAUCAUCAGAAGUUAUGCAACAUAUGUCAAAAGGAAUUCCCAAGUCACGCCUCGAUGGUCAUCCACCAGAGAACGCAUACAGGAGAAAAGCCCUUCCUCUGUUCCUACUGUAAAAAAGGCUUCAACGUAAAGAGCAAUUUGCUGAGGCACUUAAGGACACUGCAUGACAAAUACGUGCAUCCUAGCUUGUACGGGAGUAACGGUAGCACGAAUGCUUAAGUCCCCUCACAUUUCUUUCCGACGCGUGUAUGUUUCUGUUUGCAUGGCUCAGUCGUGGAGAGAAAUCAUACAGUAUCGUUCUGUAAAUUCAAUUUUAUGUCUGUAGACUGACCGCGUAUCUAUACUGUAAUAAUGUAUUCGGAUGCCAAAUCAGAUUCACGUGAUGACGGACUAAGCGUCGAGAUCUGUGUGAAUCUCCACUGAUAAGUCACUGAGCGCAUCUGAAGAACUUCACAAUGCAUUUUGGAGAGAAAUCUAUACAAACUAUUUUUUCUAAAGAGUAGUAAAAAAAAUCGCGUUCUCUUUAUAUAUGAUAAUCUUCAUUUUAACGAUGUAUAAAAUAAUAGAGCUCCUCUCGUUAGUGACUUUGGAUUCUUGAGUUGAAACCAGAAAGCAAUAUCAGGGUUUUAAUACCAAAGAGGCUGAUUAAUAUUGCCAAAAUGUCUUGUUUCGUUAUUCUGAAUCUUUUUCCUUCUCUAUAAUGUAGCGUGCACGCAUAAAAAGAAGAACGUUGUUUUAUUGGAAAUUUUGUUUAAAUAUGAAAGACAAAUGCUGAAUAACUUAACUACUUCUAGAGAUCUGUCGAGGAGUGCUUGCGUGUAAAAUAAUUCUAUAGUAUAAAUCAAUAUUUAACACGAUUAAUUAUAAUUAUUGACUUAAUUAUUUAGUGAUUAUACGAAAUCCAAACUAUUUAAGAUUUAACUGUAUACUUCUAGGCUAUUCCAUCCAUGAUAGCCCUUUUAUUCCCUCAGCUCGUAAGUUAAUUAUGUAUUUUUAUAUUAAAGUAGCUUAUACACACAAACGUAUAAGAGAUAAGAUACUUGCAUUAAGCAAAAACUUGGAAUUUCGAUUAGGCUAGGUAUAUAAGAGUAAUAUAUAAUUCAAAAUUCAUCAAAUUUUUUGGAAAUAUAUUGAGUUCUUCUUAUAUAUAAAAAAAAAAAUGAUGCGAUAUUAUCAAAAUACUGUCACAGUCUCUGGAACAUAACAGUAAUAAUGUGAAUAUUGAUUAAGAGGAUGACACCAUUUUGCUAUAUUAAUCAUUGUGUCACUCUACCUAUGAAUUUUAGUGUCAAUUCUGCAUUGCGCUAGCACUGUGACGAGCCAAAUGACUUUUAAAUGUAAAAUUAAAAUAAUAUAUUACCUUAAAAGUACUCUUUUUAACUUUGCCUUACUUGUACCUCAAAUAUAAACAUAUCGGGACACUUAAUUUUUGUUAUUUACCAAAAUAUAUAUGUCUAGCGUUAUAUUCUCGCAAUUACAGUGUCAAGCCAAUUAAUCUCUUUUUCUAACGAAAUAAAUAUGGCGACAUUAGAAACAUUGUGGCAGAAUUUAAAUUCAAACAAUAUCAUAUUAUGGUAUAAUAGCGAUAAUUACAACUUAUCGGUGUAUCAAUUUACGCUUUGCGCUAUUUUAAUUUUCUUCCUCGUCGUCGAUUUUGGGUGCCAGAUAAUACCUGAUGUGUCCAAUAUCGCCGAUCUUAUAUUCACAUACCAGAGGAACAUCAUCAGA